CCCCCACUAUCUCCUCUCUGGAAGAGCAACAACAGCGAGCUCCGAAUCUAACGCUUCUUCCAUCGACCCGUAUGAGCUGUACCUCCUCCUUGAUGCUCCUCCCCCUCACUCACCCUCCCUUCUUUACUCUCUAAAUCCCUUGUACCUUCUCCUCUUCUCUGCUUCGGAUGCCCUCCUCACUUACAUUAUGGACUCAGAAGGGGAAGGAGGAGAGGGUUGGAUGGAGGACCAGUGGGAAAAAUGGUUGACCCAUGACAUCAGCCUGGGUGAGUUUGAAGAUGAUGACCUGUCAGAAAUUACAGAGAUCACAGAUGAGCGUGGAAUGAGCCUUAACUGCAAUGCCCCGGAUGUAAAGGGCCAUGUGAGACGAGGGACCAAUAGCAGGCCGGGGAGGGCAGAGCUUGGCGCCGUUGGUCAGCUCCAGGCUGAAAUGCUACAUUUGGACCUCAUUGACGGUGCUGACGGUUACCGCGGUGACAAAGAGGCCUCCAUCGCACCUCCGCUGGUCACCAAGGACCCGACAAUACCGGUUACCAUGGAUACCUACCGGCCCAAGAGACCUACAACCCUUAACCUCUUUCCAAUUGUGCCACGCACACAGGACACACUAAACAACAACUCAUUUGGCAAGAAGUACACAUGGCAGGAGAAAGUUUCGGGGUCAUCCUCACCUCUCAAGACAGGUGAACUGACUCCUCCACGUGAGCACAACUGCCUGAGCGACGAGGACAAAGUACAGAGUGGUGGCGCACAGACCAAAGACAGAGGAACCUCCACCGACGCCCCCUGCAGGCACACACACACAAGUGGACGUUCGCAAAGCGGUACAACAGCGGCAGUGACGCGGCCAAAGUUUCAGGAGAAGCCACCUGCGCCGCCACCGCCGCCCCAGAAUUACAAACCAGCUCCUCUCUAUCCAGCGGGAAAGGUAGAUGGAGGUGGCCACCACCGGGAGAGGAUCCAGUACCACUCAGACACUCAUCUGGAGCCCACAGAGGAGAUUUAUCUAACACCAGUACAGCGUUCUUCUGAGCCCGUGGAGCCUCCUUGCACACAGGACCGUCCUUUCCUUUCACAGCAGACUGAGCAGGGCCGCAUGUCUAUUAGCUCUGAUACAGAAGGCCCACCUCCUUACCAGCCACUACCAGAUCGGACCAACCCCUCUAUUUACGAAGAGGAAGAAGUGUACAUCCCCCCACCUUCUUACGCUUCCUGUGUAGAAUCACUCAUUACGCCACCGAGCAUGGCGCUCUCGGCUCAUUCUUCCAUAGCACUGGACCUCAGUUUGAAGGCGUCAGGAAUCGGUGCAGGGGCAAUGUUGAGAGCUGGUUCAUCAGUAGAGUACGUCGACGCAACAGAUGACAGCUACUGCGGGGAGGAUGAGGAUGUGGAUAGAAUAAUUCUGGAUGGAAGAAUGAGGAAGGUGGGAGGAAAGGUGGACGGCGGCAGCAGCAGAGCUGGUUUUCUACGAACUUCCAUGAGUUCUGACGCCAGCGGCCUCUCAUACGACUCGGUCAAAUACACACUGGUGGUCGACGAGCAUGCGCAACUGGAACUUGUUAGUUUGCGGCAGUGCUACCAAGGUUAUAGCGACGACAGCGACUCGGCCACCGUCUAUGACAACUGUGUCUCCUCACCCUAUGAGUCUGCCAUCGGGGAAGAGUACGAGGAGGAGGAUGAGGAGGACGAUUGCACCCGCUUGGGCGGAGUGAGACGAGAGGCCACGGCUUGUCUGUCUGGAGACUCUACGCCGGACGUCGACCUGCAUUUCUCCAAGAAGUUCCUGAAUGUCUUCAUGAACGGACGCUCUAGCUCAUCAAGUGCAGAAUCUUUUGGGUUGUUUUCCUGCCUCAUAAAUGGAGAGGAACGGGAUCAGAGUCAUAGAGCCGUCUACAGAUUUGUCCCUCGGCACGAUGAUGAAUUGGAGCUGGAAGUGGAUGAUCCAUUGCUGGUGGAAGUCCAAGGGGAGGAUUACUGGUAUGAGGGCUACAACAUGAGAACCGGUGCCCGAGGAAUCUUCCCUGCUUACUAUGCUAUAGAAGUGACCAAGGAGGUAGACGGCUUCAAAGCAAAGAGCAGUGAAUGGUUGGACAGAUACCGACUAAAGUUCCUGGGCUCAGUCCAAGUGCCCUACCACAAAGGAAAUGAUGUAUUGUGUGCUGCCAUGCAGAAGAUUGCCACCAACAGAAGAAUGACAGUCAAGCACAACCCUCCCUCUUCCUGUAUCCUGGAAAUCAGCGUCAAAGGAAUCAAACUGGCUGUUGAGGAGGAUUAUUACACCUGCCAAGGAAGCACCGAGUGCAGUCACUUCUUCCAGUUAAAGAACGUCUCCUUCUGUGGUUAUCACCCCAAAAACUGCAAAUAUUUUGGUUUCAUAACCAAACACCCGGCAGACCAGAGAUUCGCCUGCCAUGUGUUCGUGUCUGAAAAUUCCACCAAGCCUGUCGCAGAGUCAGUAGGGAAAGCCUUCCAGUUCUACUACAAAGAGUUUGUGGAGUUUUCAUGCCCGACAGAAGAUAUCUACUUGGAAUAGCCUCGUCCUGCCUUCAACCACAGCCCUGUACAGUACACUGUAUGAUAACAUGAUGUUGCAUGAAGGACACAUCUAAAAAUCUAUAAAUAAAUAACACAUCUGAUGAACAACCAGGAAAAAAAUACAGUAGAAGGGAAUACAGUAGAUCUCUGCUAUUUGUUUUUCAAAAACCACAGUGAAAAAAAGUGAGUAAUGGAUGUACCCAUAAGAAGUAGGGAUGCUCCGAACAGGGUUUUAUGCUGAUAUGUCGAUUCCGAUCAACCAUAAUUUGUAAUUAAUUAAUCUUUACAGUCUUUCCAGUCUCUGUGAAUUGGUGGUGUAGCGAAUGCCGAACCGGGAAUAAGCGGGGAUCUACUGUAGUAUUCAAAAGCUUUGUGUGGUGUGAGGAGGUUAGAAGAAGCCUAAAGAGUGUCAAGAAAUAUGCAAAAUGGCGUCAGUGAUGAGGUGAUCACAGGCUGUCCAUGAAGAGCACACGUCACUGCAUUUGCAGUGCUAGUCAGCUAAGUAGCAGUCACCUCAGCAGGUGGAAACCAAGGGCACGACAAUUGAAUAGGACUGUUGACUCAUGCGUGUUUGGUCGCCAUGAUGGUGAGCAGAAUCCAGAAACAUUGCAUUGUAAACAUGUCCGCGGCACACUGCUCAGCCAUUAAUUGCUCUGAAAGACGUCCAAAAGACAGUCAGUAGUGAAAGUAAGUAAGAAAGUAGUGAAUACAUUGUACACCGUUGUCUUCCUGGCCCCACCCAGAGGUCAUGCUCACCAUCAUGGCGUACUCCACUCAUUGGUGACAUUGACAGUCCCAUUCAGUGACAGUGUCCUUGGUGGAAACGCAACUGCCUUGUACUUGCACCCAUUUCAAGAAAACUUGUGGUAUUUGGAAAUACAAGUCAGCAGGGGGUGACUUUUUCUGUGACCUUGAAUAAUUGGAGGGCGUGUAUCAACAAAUGAACAUCCUUGCAUUGCAGAUGAUCACUCACACAUCGACACAACAACAAAGGAGCAGGCAGUAAGUUAGUAAACAGUGGUUUUGGUUCCGAGCAUCUGUGAAGGGCAUUCUGGGAAGUGUAGUAAACGACCAGACAAUUUAAGAGUAGACUCACAAGAUGAGGACCAUUCCACCGAAUCACUACUAUUUGCUUUUUGUAGCUCUCUCAAAAUAAACUUCUGUCUUUUUUUUUUUUACUUCAAAUGUACUAAUACACAUCAAAGGGUAUUGGUGCAUCUCAGGCAACUUAUUUCAUUUUUGUACAAGUUUCUUAAGUCGAAGAUGACUCAUUUUAGUAACAAAUACUGUAUAUUGUAGUCGUGCGGAAAAAAAAGGAUUAGACCACCCUUGUUUCUUCAGUUCAUUGAUCCAUUUUGAUGUCUGGUACAACUAAAGGUACAUUUGUUUGGAGAGAUAUAAUGAUAAAAAUAACUCAUAAGAGUUUAAUGUAAGAGCUCAUACAGUUGUAUGAAAAACUUUGGGCACCCCUGGUAAUUGUCAAGAUUUUCACUGGUUGUUUGGAUCAGCCAUUUCAGUUAAAUAUAUCAUACAGUAGAUGAACACACUAUUGUAUGAGAAGUGGAAUGUUAAUGGUAAUGGUAAUGGUUUUAUUUCAUUUGGACAUGCAUCAGAUUACAAUUGAGUGCAUCCCAUAAUCAGUUCACAGUUCCACAUGUCCAAAAGGAGUAGGAAGAAGCAAAGCUUAUUAAAUCCUACCCCUUCAUCUGGUACUUUUACAAUCAGUAACUGUUACAUUUGUUCACUUCCUGCUUUCCAUAAUACAGUUUAAGUUUUUUUUUUUGUUUGUUUGUUUUUAAUAAUGCACCAUACACAUAAUGGGUACCAUAGUGCGUGUCAAUAUAGUGAUAUAUAUAGCACAUCAUGACUGGUUCAAGACUCUUCAUCCUUGUAUUUAGCAAACAUCAACUGCUUGUAUUGUUUCUUGAAUUGGCUCAUCGUUGUGCAUUGUUUGAUUUCCUUACUCAAUCCAUUCCAUAGUUUGAUUCCACAUACUGAAAAGCUAUUUUAAUGUAGCACUAGCAUAUAAGUGUGAAAAUGUGCAAUAAUUAUUUAAACUAAAGCAGGCAUUGAUUUAUUGAUUUGAAUACUUUUAACACCAAUUAUUGGAACACAAAAUUUGUUUGGUAAGCUCAUUGACCCUUGACCUAAUCAUGAGAAAGGGUAUUUAAGGUGGCCAAUUACAAGUUGCAUCUUCUCUGAAGAGUAGAAAAUGAUCAGGGGUGGCCAAACUUUUUCAUCCCACUGUAUUAUCUAGCAACGUCCAUAGUUUUUUUUUAUAUCUAAUAACCAGAAUCUUAAGUUCUUACAUGAAUAACUCUAUUGUAUCCCGCAAAAAUGUAACUGUGAGCUGUUUUUGUUGUCACCGUUAUAUUUGCCCAAACAAAUGUACCUUUACUGAUACCAGGCAUUAAAAUGACCAAGAUGACUGUAUAUCACCAUUCAAUAUAUACCUCGCCAUCCCAUCACUGGAGACUUGAUGUAGUUUCAGUCCAAAUCUAGGAUAAAUCUUUCAUAUUCCUGAAGGGCACUUGCUUUUUAGAACGUUCUUCAUUGUCUUGUUACAGCGCGACAUCAUUUUGUGACAUCACAAAAGGUGUUCGAAUAAGCAAUAAUGUGGUCCAAGCUUGUGUUGGACAGAAGGUUCAUCCCAGGCGGUAUUUUGACAUGAUUUAAAAAUGAAAAGUACACAAAGAUACAGCAGACCCUCUGCAGCAGGUACAUGGGAGCAGAAAACGUCACUUGUAGUGCCUCUUUUUCAUUGAGCAUCGGGACCUUCCUCCAUCCUUAUCACAACAUUUGAAGUGAUUCUAAAUGAUGAUGCUAUUGAGUGUUUGAAUGCAGAUUGUGAUGUUUGUGUGUUUGAUGUGUUUUUUUUUUCUUCCCACUGCCCCUCAUGUGCUGCAUUACAACAGUCCAGUAUGUGUUGAUUCCAAGCCGGGACUUGCAGCAUGCCUUGUUUAUAAAUAUAUUUUGGAAUGAAGGUACGCAGAACACGAGCCAAAGUAGUGGGGACAAAAAAAACGAACGCUCAUUUGUAAGAGAUAGUUUUAUGGGAUCUAUAUUUAACAAAGAAUGUUUCUAAAACAGAUAAUUCUUGUUGAAGGAUGCGGCCAUCUUUUAGCCCCCACUGUUGAAGACAUGGGACGUUCAAGAAAUGAAAAAAAUCUCCCGUUGCUGCUGAUGUUGUGACUAUUUUUUUUUUUCAAGAGCCAGUCAAGCCAGACAGUGGGGGGAGGAGGGGGCUGCACAAAGGGUGUACAAACAUGUCAUAUAGAAAUGAUUUAAUAUCUGUAAUUAUCAACAUUGUAUUAAUUCAGUGUGUGGAUUUUUUUUUUAGGUGAGAAUUCUUUAUUU